CGCUGUGAUCUUGUUUCAGUGAAAUUUGAUUCGGUGAAGAAGAAAUCCUCCGGAAGCUACUUCCUCUGAGCACGCGGUGCGUCCGGCCUUUCCAACAGGGCAGCGAGAGGAAACAUGGCCAAGAUCAAGGCUAGAGAUCUGCGGGGCAAGAAGAAGGAGGAGCUGCUCAAACAGCUUGACGACCUGAAAAACGAACUGUCUCAGCUGCGUGUGGCCAAAGUUACCGGAGGCGCUGCUUCCAAGCUCUCCAAGAUCCGCGUUGUUCGCAAAUCGAUCGCCAGAGUCCUGACUGUAAUCAACCAGACACAGAAGGAGAACCUGAGGAAGUUCUACAAGGGCAAGAAGUACAAGCCCCUGGAUCUGAGACCCAAGAAGACCAGAGCCCUGCGCCGUCGGCUCAAUAAGCAUGAAGAGAGUCUGCGCACCAAGAAGCAGCAGAGGAAAGACCUCCUCUACUCAAUGCGCAAAUUUGCUGUCAAAGCUUAACAGCUUUUCUAGUGACAAAAUAAAAUCUGUGUAAAAGACA